CGUCAGGAAGCAGUGAUAUGACUCUUGUUUCCUGUUGGUGGAGGGCAGCGUUGAGUUGGUUCAUUGGAGCAGCGUUCUCAUCCUGAAACAGCUAAUAGACAAUCUUGGAGAGUGAGAAACGCAGAUUAACACUUGUUGGGUGAAGAGGCCAGAAGCAAGUGUGUGGACUCACCAGCUAGGAUCUGUGACCAUGGCAGCUACUACAUAUGAAUAUGACUACUACUACAACGUUUCUUUCCCAAUCGACAUGAAAGACUUUGAGCCCUGUACCGUGGGCGACACUUGGAAGUUCAUCCGCUCCUUCGCGCCGGUGGCCUACGCCGUGGUCUUCGUCCUGGCUCUGGUGGGCAACGUGCUGGUGCUGUGCGUGGUGCGGCGCUACCGGCAGUCCCAGCGCGGGCCCUGCUCCUUCUCGCUGACCGACACCUUCCUGCUGCACCUGGCCGUCUCCGACCUGCUGCUGGCCUGCACGCUGCCCUUCUUCGCUGUGCAGUCCGCGCACGAGUGGGUGUUCGGCACGGUACCCUGCAAGAUGAUGGGCGCCAUGUUCUCGCUCAACAUCUACUGCGGCGUCCUCUUCCUGGCCUGCAUCAGCUUCGACCGCUACCUGGCCAUCGUGCACGCCGUCAACUCCAGCUGGAGGCGCAAUGGCUGCCACGCCCAGGUGGCCUGCGCCGUCAUCUGGGCCCUGUGCCUGGGGCUGGCCGCCAUCGACGUGCAGUACCGGCAGGUGCAGACGGUGCAGAACGGGCUGCAGGUGUGCACCAUGGCGUUCGUCGACGCCCAGACGUCGGUGCAGAUGCAGGUGGGGCUGCAGCUGUCCAACCUGCUGCUGGCCUUCCUGCUGCCGCUGCUGGUCAUGCUCUACUGCUACGUGCGCAUCUUCCGCGCGCUCUGCCACGCCACGCGCCGGCAGAAGCGCAAGUCGCUGCGGCUCAUCGUCUCGCUGGUUGUGGUGUUCGUGGCCUCCUGGGCGCCCUUCAAUGGCUUCCGGCUGCUGGACAGCCUGAUGCUGCUGGGCGUGGUGGAGAAGCACUGCGACGUGAACCGCAUGGUGGACAUCGGCACGGUGGUGGCCGAGAGCAUGGGCCUGGCGCACUGCGCCCUCAACCCGCUGCUCUACGGCUUCGUGGGCGUCAAGUUCCGCCGGGAGCUGGCCCAGAUGUGCAAGGCGGCCCUGGGGCCCCGCGGCAGCUGGAGGGGCUCCAGCGGAGGCAGCGGGGGCGGCGGCAGCAGCUGGUGGCAGGGGUCGUCCUCCAGGCGCCGCACCGUGGGCUCCUUCAGCUCCGUGGAGAGCGAGAACACCUCCUACUUCUCAGUCAUGGUGUAGUCAGUCAAAGCCAGAGACUU